UUCAAAAAUGCACAUGGCGGUUAUGGAUUGUGCGCUGUUGGCUUUGCUUUUAAGUCACUUCUCGCUAAACUGUUAAAACCGUGCAUGGUUGUUUUUAUGAAGUAAAAAACAUUAGUCCAUUGUAGUCCAACACUGGUAUCUCCCGAAGGUUUCAUCCUGGGUCGUGUUUUUGUUUUGUAAUUUCUUUUUCACCGGCGGUGGUUCGAGUCCGUCAUGAAGCGGGCUCGGCGGCGUGGCCCCAGGGCUUUGAGCCAGUUUCGUGUGGCCGUGCAGACGUUUGUGGAGAAGGAGGAGGCGGCGGCGGCAGUGUCGCCGUCCGAACCCAACCAGGGCCUUCCCCAGGAUCUCGGGCUCAGGAGAGGAAAGACCCGCAAGGAGUUGAGGAAGGAGAAGCGGAUGCAGAAGAAGAGCAGGAUGAGGGAUUACUACCUCAGGAAGCACCUGAACGGCAGCCCCGGGCUUGCAAAAGACCUGGAAGGGGGCGGCAACGACGUGAAACCGCAACCGACCCAAGGGGAGGCAGUCGCGGCCGCCGAGACCGGGCCCGGGUCGUUGGAAGGUGUAGCGCCACCAAGACUGGGCACUGGGAAAGCCAGAAGGAGAGCCAAGAGCAAACAAGCCCGGAGAAUUGGCUUGCUGGAGGCGAAUGAGGAGGAGGACAGGGAGAUUAAGCGGCUGGAGAAAGCCCUGGGACUCCACAAGCGCAAAAACGGAACUGGCAUCCCGCAGGCCUUCGCCCGGGACGGCCUGGAUUACGUCCUCGGGAUCAUCGAGCCCGGCGCCGCCGCCUUGUCGGGUUUGUACGAGAGUGACGGCGAGGGGGACGCCGUGGAAGAGGAGCUGAAAAGCACGGUGGCUGACUCUGACCCGGGUCGGACGGAGGAUCAUGAGGAGGACUCAGGAGACGACUCAGACAGCGGCCCGCAGAGUGAGGAGGAUCAGGAGAGUGCGAUGGAAGUGGAAGCAUCUGACGCCGAGGACGAUGACCAAAGUUCUGAGCCAGAUCGACUAUCGGGGAACGAAGGGGAGCGAACAUCAAAUGAGGGCACUGAUUCCGGGAAGUAUAUUCCCCUGCAGUUGCGUGAAAAGGCUGAAACUAUUGAUGCAAAGAAAAAGGAAGAACUUCUAACACUCAAGAAGAAUGUAAAAGGACUUCUUAAUAGGUUGAGUGAACCUAAUAUGGCCUCUAUUAGUAGUCAGCUUGAAGAGUUGUAUAUGAAAAACAGCCGAAAAGAUAUGAAUGAUGUGCUAACGGAUGUCAUCCUUGUGGCCUGUGUCACUCCAGCCUUGAUGCCUAACAGAUUGAUGAUGGAACAUGUACUGUUAAUCAGUAUUCUUCAUCACAAUGUUGGAAUUGAGGUUGGAGCCCAUGUUUUGGAGGCAGCAGUGAAACAAUUUGAUGAACAUUGGAGAAAAGUCAGCGAAACCAAAGAAUGUGAUAAUCUAAUCAACUUGAUUGCACACUUCUAUAACUUCCAUGUGAUAAACUCUGUGUUAGUGUUUGAUAUUCUUAAAAAACUCACCAGCAACUUCAAAGAAAAGGACAUUGAGCUUAUCCUUCUUUUAUUGAAAGAAGUGGGAUUUACCCUUCAGAAGGAUGAUGCUGUGGCAUUGAGGGAUUUGAUUCUGGCAGUUCAAAGCAAAGCGAACAGUGUUGGUAAACAAUUCCAAGAUCAAACAAGGAUCCGUUUUAUGCUGGAAACAAUGCUUGCAUUGAAGAAUAAUGAUAUGCGAAAAAUUCCAGGUUAUGAUCCCGAACCUGUAGAAAGGCUUCGGAAACUGCAAAGGAAUCUGAUUCACAACAGCCGUGGUGACUUCCUCCUUCGUGCAACAUUAGAAAACCUGCUGACAGCAGACCAAGUAGGACGGUGGUGGAUUGUGGGAUCUUCGUGGAGUGGUAUCCCCAUGAUUGGUAACACAAGUACUAAAAUGCAGCAAAAUGUUGCUUUUGGCGAGGUAAGUGGAAAAAUUAUGGAACUUGCACGUAAACAAAGGAUGAAUACAGACAUAAGAAAGAACAUCUUUUGUGUCAUGAUGACAAGCGAGGACUAUUUGGAUGCUUUUGAAAAACUUUUAAGGCUGAGGCUGAAAGAUCAACAGGAAAGAGAGAUUAUUCAUGUUAUUGUUCACUGUUGUCUUCAAGAAAAAACAUUUAAUCCUUUCUAUGCUUUCCUGACACAAAAGUUCUGUGAAUACGAUAGAAGAUUUCAGAUGACAUUCCAAUUUAGCAUGUGGGACCGCUUCAGAGAUUUGAAGAGUAUGGCCAAUAGCGCAACCACAAAUUUGGUUCACCUCCUUGUUCAUCUUCUCAGCAAGAAAAUAGUGUCUCUGUCUGUCUUUAAGGUAAUCGAGUUCAGCGAACUAGAUAAACCUAAAGUCAAACUUUUACGCCACGUUCUCCAUAAACUACUUGUGGAUACAGAACCUGAAGAUUUAGUGGCAAUAUUUCAAAGGAUCUCUGGAAUUCCAAAGCUGGGACUGUUCCGCGAAGGCCUGAAACUCUUCCUUUCCCACUUCUUAUUGAAGAAUGCUUCCAGCUUGGGGAGUGUAGAACAAGCUAAUUUGCUUAAAGCACGUGUGGACAUAGCUGAAAAGGCUUUACAAACGAAAGAUACAAUACUGAAAUUUUAAGAAUUGAACACAAUAUAGGAUAUUUUACUGCAGCACAAAUUGAAAAGUUGGUUCACAAUAUGUGUCUCACUUUGAACUUAGAAGACUUGUAUUAAUAACAGGAGAUACGUCAUGCUGCUACAAUCAAAAGAAAAUACUUCAGGCUUUACACUCGUCAAAAAGACCACUAGGUGGCAUAUUUCUACCAUAUCAGUAUCUUGUAUAUUUAGCUUUAAUGACGCCAAUUUUAAUGCCUGUAUGGUUCAGACUGCAGUUCACAGAUAGAAAUAUAAUUUGCUAUUUCUGGCUACAGAAUGCCAGUAAUAGGUGUUCUGUUCAAAGCAUCCUUAAAUUACAGCCAACUUUGUGUUUAAAAAUAAAUUUUAUAUUUAUAGUCAUCAAA